AUGCUGAUUGGUCGCAAGCGCCUCGUGGUGGCAUCGCUCUCCCUCGCAUCGGCCAAAGAUGUCUACCUGAACGCACCAAGCAUGCACGAGGAGUCAGGACAGAGUCCAUGCACCCUCAACCUUAGCUUCUCUGCUGCUCAAUCCAUCCACCUCGUGUUGGACCAGCACAGAGUGCACCUCGCGCGCUCCCUCCUUGCCUCUCUCAACUCCCUGUCUGUUUCAGCGCAUUCUCUCGACCUGGACUGUCGCUGUGAAGCCCCACUCUCCCCCGACUUCCUCAUGCUGAUUGGUCGCAAGCGCCUCGUGGUGGCAUCGCUCUCCCUCGCAUCGGCCAAAGACGUCUACCUGAACGCACCAAGCAUGCACGAGGAGUCAGUCAAUCCUCUGGCCAACCCCCCCUCACUCCCUCACUCUCCCUCUACGUCGCAUUCUCUCGACCUGGACUGUCGCUGUGAAGCCCCACUCUCCCCCGACUUCCUCAUGCUGAUUGGUCGCAAGCGCCUCGUGGUGGCAUCGCUCUCCCUCGCAUCGGCCAAAGACAUUUCUCCGAAUCAGCCUUCCAUCUCCCGGGAACUUUACUCUCCAUCCAUCUCUGAAUCCUCCUUGAUCCGCGUGCUGCAAUCAGUAGCCCCCACAGUGGAGGCACUGAUGGUGCCACACUCGCUGCCGAUAGAGUCAGUGGAGGGCGAGUGGAGGGAGCUGCACCGCGUGGCAAUCGGUGUGCGUGGGAGCAAGGCGGGCAGGGGGAGGUGCAAGACAAGCGAGGAUGUGGUUGAUCUGCUGCCUGGCCCCAUCUGGCACAUCAUCUUCCGCCACCUUCUGGCACAUCAUUUUCCGGAAAAUCAGGGUGAAUCCUCGAGUGCAUUGCAGCAGGAAGCAGGCGGCACCGCGAACGCCACAGCUCUUCCGUUUCCUGCCAUCACGGAGCAGCAUGCGGAGGCAUUGCGGAGCUUCGGCGCCUCCUGGCCUCUGCUGUUCUACGCCAUGGCCAGCAAGAGGCUCCUCCACCAUGUUGCCUCCUUCGCCUCAUCGUGUGCUGCUUCCCUCGCUCCAUCGUACAACCUUACUCGUUUCACGGAAUGGUUCUCUACCAUCGCUGUGACCAUCUAUGUGGCCAUCUAUGUGACCAUCUAUGUGACCAUCUAUGUGACCAUCUAUUUGACCAUCUAUGUGGCCAUCUAUGUGACCAUCUAUGUGACCAUCUAUGUGGCCAUCUAUGUGACCAUCUAUGUGACCAUCUAUGUGACCAUCUAUGUGACCAUCUAUGUGACCAUCUAUGUGACCAUCUAUGUGACCAUCUAUGUGACCAUCUAUGUGACCAUCUAUGUGACCAUCUAUGUGACCAUCUAUGUGACCAUCUAUGCGACCAUCUAUGUGACCAUCGCUGUGUGUGAGCAGGAGUUGGAGCCCAUGACGCUCGUUUUCAACAUAGGAAUGCUCUCCUUCUUCCUGCGGCACGCAGCUCACACAUCCCUUGAUCUCCGUCUCAACAGCCCCCAAGAUCUGGACAGCAUCGACCGUCUCUUGCAGCCCUCUAUAUGCUCCCUCACAAACCUGUGCAUUGGGCUCAAGGAACCACCCGGGGGAAUUGAGCCUAUCAUUAAGGAGAUUCACCUGAUGAAUCCGGCAUUCCUCAAGGAGUUUGAGAAUCUGCAGCGGGUGAAGCUAGGUCGCGGGACCUGGCAACUAGGCGACCUGGAUCCAGCAAAAUUCAAGGCUUUAAGGAGCCUGAGCAUCCACGAUUUCAAUUGCGACGGAAAUGAGCUGUCCUUUCUUUCAUCCGUCGCACCGCAACUGCUUGAACUCGCUCUCGCCUCCUCCAGCCAUGGCUCUGGCUCCACCACCCUCGAUUUCAAGUUCACUGCUACUCGAUCUAUCACAGUCUGCUUUGAGAAACAAGCGCUCCUCCUCCGCUUCACCAUGGCCCCCUCUUUAAAGUCCCUCUCGGCCACUGCAGCGUUUCUCAACGUGGAUUGCACAUGCGGCAGCCGCCCCUCUCUCGACUCGCUCUCUCUCAUUGGCCGCUCGCAGCUUCUCGUAACUUCGCUCCCAUUGGCUGCCGCCAAAUCCGUCUACAUGAACGGACCAACCGUUCGAGAAAAUCGUUGGCGUGCGUUUCCCUGUUCCGAUCUCGAAUCUCAGCGCACCGUGACCCACCUGCUCAGCAGCAUAGCGCCUACAGUGGAGUCGCUUAUAGUGAGGCACGGGUGGCCUCUGGAGGGCGCGCGUGUGAAGUGGAGCCGUUUGAGCCGCCUCGCCGUUGGUGUGCACCUGUGUGGUGUGCACCUGUGUGGUGUGCACCUGUGUGGUGUGCACCUGUGUGGUGUGCACCUGUGUGGUGUGCACCUGUGUGGUGUGCACCUGUGUGGUGUGCACCUGUGUGGUGUGCACUUGUGUGGUGUGCACCAGUGUGGUGUGCACCACUGUGGUGUGCACCUGUGUGGUGUGCACCUGUGUGGUGUGCACUUGUGUGGUGUGCACCAGUGUGGUGUGCACCUGUGUGGUGUGCACCUGUGUGGUGUGCACCUGUGUGGUGUGCACCUGUGUGGUGUGCACCUGUGUGGUGUGCACCUGUGUGGUGUGCACCUGUGUGGUGUGCACCUGUGUGGUGUGCACCUGUGUGGUGUGCACCUGUGUGGUGUGCACCUGUGUGGUGUGCACCUGUGUGGUGGGCACCUGUGUGGUGUGCACCUGUGUGGUGUGCACCUGUGUGGUGUGCACCUGUGUGGUGUGCACCUGUGUGGUGUGCACCUGUGUGGUGUGCACCUGUUGUCAAACAUUAGAUAUGUUCUGCUUGUGUAG